GUGCAAGCCCAGUGUUCCUCCUGUUGGGGACGGAGAUGGACGAACAUUAUUCGUCAAGCCGCUCAGCAAUGUGGUCCCAUUCACAUGCUCCGUCCAGCCAAAGGUGCAUUGUGCGAACUUGCUUCGUCGAGAAACGCUCGUCCAAUACUCCGACAACAUGCUCUCUUGGCAGAUUUCUGCCGCACCUCCCAAGCCACUUGGCACUUCAGUCUGCAAGGGCCAACAUCCUGUCCUCAUUCAGUUCGGUCUGUCCGCGACACUUCGGCUUUUGCGUGGGGUGCUUGCGACUCGAUUCGCGCCCAAGCGUGUGGACAUCAUGAGUGUCUUGGGCUGGCGCCUCGGCGUCUUCAGAGGAUCCACUGGAUCGAGACGAGGCUUAACUCGUGAGGUGCAGGGAGCUGGACAAGUCCGCACAAUGAUUUCUGGCGCCUAUCAUCGGUCGAAUCCGAGAUGCGAAUCAAUCGUCGGUUCUGCCUGCAACAAGCCUCCUUCUGUUGCAAGGACCACGGCUUGGAAACUUUGUGGUGACCUGCUUGACAGCUCGCUCUUCGCCCAUGGUGGUUUCAGACCUGAAGUGGCACUGGCAUCUCCCAGGCCAUUGGUUCAGAAAGGCUUGGGUGACAGCGGUGAGGAGCUCGUUCAGACAUCACUGCAGCACAGGAGGCAAGCCCCAUCGGUGGGCAGCAGCACGUGGUUUCCCCUCCAAACCGGGACACGAUCACCUAACAUCGAUGAUGGACCCGCAGUCGCACGGCAAGGAGCACUUUCACCGUUGCAUUCUUCAAGCGGGCCUGGAAAUUAUCUCUGUUUUCUUGGUGGGGCUAUGUCUUUCAACAUGAGCAAGAUACUGAAUUGGCCGCGGUUGGAACGGCUUUUUUCGCAAAGCAUCGCAUGGCAGCUCUCGACAAUGGACAGUCUUUGGGCUGGCAUGAUGUCUCGGCCAGGUCCGGUGCACCUUUACGUUUUGAGCCGGCUCUUAGGAAAGGUCUCCCCAAGUCGAGUGAUUCUUGUUGGCCUUUCCCUCGGCAAUGUGACCGCGAUGGGAUGUACUCAGAUCACCGAGUGGGCAAUCCGUGAUUCUAUCCGUGCAUUGGUGCUGUGGGACCACGUGGUCCUGCCAGCUUACACUUUGAAACCUUUGAGAUUGGUCGCCCCUAAUUCCUCUCAGAGCCGCUCGUUUUUGAAUCCGGAAUUCUCCACACCACCAUGUAGGCUGCAAGCACCAAGUCUUCUGAUUCGGUGCCCAUUCUACGAGCGCGAAACCAUUGAUGCCACCAACGACUAUGUCAACGCGGUGGAGUCCUUUGGAGCAGUGACGUUUGAAGGUCUACGACAAACAGUCUUCUUGCAAGACACUAGCCACGUAAGCAGCUACCGCGAUGACUUGUGGGACAUCACUCGCGUACUGAACUUCGCGGCCGGGUGA